AUGAAAAUAAUAUCCAGCCACAUUUACAGCUACACCUUCAAUCCUCUCGAGCACCUCGCCGGCGUGGCUCCUUACUUCGAACCUCUUGACCCACCAACAGACCCUUCCACCCCUCAAGGCUGCUCGCCCGUCCGUGCCGCUUACCUUGUCCGCCACGCCGCCAUCUACGCCAACGACUACGAUUACGAGGAGUACCUCUCGCCCUUUGUGGAAAAAUUUCAGAACCUCACCUCCUCCAUCGACUGGACUAGUACGGCCCCAGCCCUCAGCUUCCUCUCCUCGUGGACGCCACCUGUCACCACCGCCGAGGAGGAGCUCCUCACCCGCGUGGGCAAGCUCGAGGCCGCCCAGCUAGGUGUCAGCCUUAGUUUUCGGUACGGCGACAAACUGGCCCUGCCGCCACGCAUCUGGGCCAGUUCUGCCGAGCGCACGUACGAGUCGGCCAAGGCUUUAAUCCGGGGGUUUGAGCCGGCCGGGGGUGAUAACUCUAUUGGCCUGGUGUCUGUGUACGAGUCGGACGAGGGCGGUGCCGACACCCUUACGCCGUAUUCAAGCUGUCCGUUGUACGAUGGCAGCGCGGGCAGUGACCAGUCUGGAGUGUACCUAGACAAGUUCACAGGGCCCGUCAGGGCACGUCUGAAUGCUGCAGCGCCCAGCUUUAACUUUACUGCUGACGACAUCUACGGCAUGAUGGAAAUGUGCGGGUACGAGACGGUCAUUCGAGGGUCUUCGCCCUUUUGCAACCUGGAGCUCUUUGGACCUGACGACUGGCUCGGCUGGGAAUACACUGCCGACCUCCAAUACCAUUACAACGUUGGCUACGGCAGCCCUGUCGCAGGAGCCGUGGGCAUGCCGUGGGUGCGGGCUACUGCCGACCUGCUCAUGGCUGAAGAUGCGCAACAGGACCUCUAUGUGAGCUUCACGCACCGCGAGCUGCCGCCCAUGGUGCUCGUGGCUAUGGGCCUGUUCAACAACUCGGCCUUUAGCGGGUCAUCGGGGCCCGCCAAUGUGAACGACACGAUGCCUGAGGACACCAUCAACCACCGCCGGGCGUGGCGGAGCAGCCAUGUCCUUCCCUUUAUGACCAACAUCGCGGUGGAGAGGCUGAACUGCAGCGGGAGCUAUGGGUUCGACGACGGUGAUUAUUACCGGGCACUGGUGAACAAUGCGCCACAGCAACUGCCGGACUGUGGUGACGGGCCUGGCACAACGUGCUCGAGGGCGACUUUUGAGCAAUUCCUCCAACAGAGGGCUGACAUGUUUGGGAACUAUUCUGAGGUGUGUGAUACCGCAUCGGAAUAUGAUAACUCGACAGAUGUCUUGACCAUUUAUACGGACCCGGCCGUGGGGAAUGGGACGUUUGUGGGCAAGAGAGGCAUGUGGGAUGGGGAGUAA